AUGUCGGCUGAAACACCAGUUCGACCGACGCGCCGUGCUGCGCGUAAAAACGUUGUUGUAGAGGAGUCCGAAGACGAGCUGAGCCUAAUUCAGGAGGAUAACGAUGAUGAAGAGUUCACGCCUGCACCGAAGCGAAGCCCGCGAAAAUCUACGAGAAGACAAACAACUGCAAAUGUCGCCGCAUCGCCUAAGAAAUCAGCCCGCUCGCGCAAAGUCAAGACCGGCGAAGGGAUCGAACCCUCACAAAUAUUCGAUGCAGAAGAAGCCGUGUCCAGUGGACCUCCCUCCCCAUCUAAGACUGCGUCGCCCCGAAAACGAAAGAGUGCAGCUCCUCGAAAGGGCCAGAGGUCUUCCGUUGUCCCUCCCCUCCCUGAACUACCUCCUCCUGACACUACCACCAGCCCUGCGCCUGACAACUUACCAGGAACGCCAUUGAAGGACAUUACGAGUCGGGCCUUGAACAAAAAUGUCCAGGUGGACGUGGAUCAAGAAUUACGCAAGCCAACAAGACCGGCAGAUGUGAUGCUGGAGAAGCCCAUGGACAUCGUGAUACGGGCACGGGCGCAAGCUGUUCCGAGUGCGGAAGAGCCUACGGGACCCAGUUCUAGGAUGGUCAUUCGACAAUUAGUCAUGACAAACUUCAAGAGCUAUGCUGGGAGGCAGGUGGUGGGCCCAUUUCAUGCUUCAUUCUCUGCGGUCGUUGGACCCAAUGGUUCUGGGAAAUCCAAUGUCAUCGACUCUUUACUUUUUGUGUUCGGUUUCAGGGCGAGCAAGAUGCGACAGGGCAAAAUCUCGGCGCUGAUCCACAGCUCGGCGCGCCACCAAGAUCUUGACUUCUGCGAGGUUGAAGUCUACUUCCAAGAGAUCAUCGAUCUACCGGGAGGGAAACACAAAGUGGUCCCAGACUCGGAACUCGUAGUCUCAAGGAAAGCGUUCAAGAACAACUCCAGCAACUAUUAUUUGAACGGCAGGUCAACCAAUUUUACGGCAGUGACGACGUUGCUGAAGGAUAAGGGUAUCGAUCUGGACCACAAGCGAUUCUUGAUCUUACAGGGUGAGGUCGAGUCGAUUGCACAGAUGAAGCCAAAAGCCGCAAACGAACAUGACGAUGGGCUAUUGGAGUACCUUGAGGACAUCAUUGGAACCUCAAAGUACAAGACACCCAUUGAAGAAGCGGCUGUCGAGCUUGAAAGUUUCAAUGAGAUUUGCAUUGAAAAACAAGGUCGCGUUCAGCAUGUUGAAAAAGAAAAGAACAGCCUCGAAGACAAGAAAAACAAGGCUUUGGCAUUUAUUCGGGAUGAGAACGAAUUGGCCGAAAAGCAGUCAGCCCUGUACCAAAUCUACAUCGCCGAAUGCGAAGACAACACCAGGGUCACAGAAGAGGCGAUACAGCAAAUUCAGCAGCAGCUCAAUGCCGAGCUGGAGAAACAUGCUGGCAGUGAAGAUGCCAUCAAGGAUCUUGAAAGGGCUUACCACAAAGCUGUCAAGCAAUAUGAGCGUAUUGAGAAGCAGGUUCAAGAGCUUAAUAAAGAGCUCGCUAAAUGCGACAAAGAGAACGUCAAGUUUGAUGAAAAGCGCAAAUUCAUCAGUGGAAAGCAGAAAAAAGCGGAAAAGACGGCCACCUCCAGUCGGCUGGCUGUAUCUGAAGCCCAAAGUCUUGUCGAAAAACACACGGACGAUGUCCAACGGAAAAGUGCCGAAGUUGUUGAGCUUGAGAAAGAGAUGGAGCGAGAGGAGCAAAAGCUGGCCGUCAUCAGGGAGGAUCUUAAGGGAAAGACCCAGGGCUUCUCCGAUCAGAUUGCGGCGAAACAAAAAUCGUUAGAGCCAUGGAAUAAAAAGAUCAACCAGAAGCAAUCAGCAAUUGCCGUUGCGCAAUCCGAGCUCGACAUUCUCAAGGAAAAAGCGAACAGUGGCCAAAAAGCAAUAGACCAGGCCAACGAAAGGAUUGCAAGCAUUGAAGCAGAGAAGACCACGAAGCUUGGAGAAAUUGAACAACGAAAACACGAAAAAAAUCGUCUGGAGAAGGAUAUUAGGAAGAUCCAAGAUGCUUUGCAAAAGCUCGCUGCUAGUGAACCCGAGGUCCGAUCACAGAUAUCUUCGGCUCGACAGAAGGCGGAUGAGGCUCGUGCGAGCCUCGCAGCCAGUCAAAAUCAAAGCAACGUCCUCAAGGGUUUGUUGCGCCUCAGGGAUUCUGGUCGAAUUGAUGGGUUCCACGGUCGCCUCGGCAAUCUGGGCACGAUCGAUGAAAAGUUCGACGUUGCCAUUUCGACUGCCUGUCCAUCGUUGGAGAACAUGGUUGUCGACAAUGUCGAAGUCGGCCAGCUAUGUAUUGAGUAUCUCCGAAAGAACAACCUAGGACGAGCAAACUUCAUUCUUCUGGACAAAUUAGCCCACCGUGACCUGUCUCCCAUACAAACUCCUGAGAAUGUGCCUCGACUUUUUGACCUCAUCAAGCCUAAGGAUGGGCGAUUUGGCCCCGCUUUCUACAGCAUCAUGCAGAAUACGCUUGUUGCGCAAGAUCUCGAGCAGGCAAAUCGCAUUGCUUAUGGUGCCAAAAGAUGGCGAGUAGUCACUCUUGACGGUCAAUUGAUUGACGUCUCUGGCACUAUGAGCGGUGGCGGAACCCGCGUUGCACGAGGUGCGAUGUCGUCUAAGUUGUCUUCCGAUACAACGAAAGACCAAGUUCAAAAGCUUGAGAAUGAUCGCGAUCAAUUGGAGAAGCAAUUCGAGGCUUUUCAGACAAGACAAAGGGAACUCGAGGCAAGCCUUAGAGAAAAACAAGAGGAAAUCCCUCGGCUGGAAACUGCUAUGCAGAAGACCAAUCUUGAAGUAGAGACCUGCGCCAGGAAUAUCGCAGACGCGCAGAGACGUAUCCAGGAUCUGACGACGGACUUGGCUAGCACCUCAGUGGACGACUCUCAGAUGAUACGUCUUCAGACGCACAUUGAGUUAACGAACAAGGAACUUGCAAAACUACGCUCCGAGACGGCCAGUGUGGAAGCCGAGAUCCAAGCUCUACAGGACCAGAUUAUGGAAGUUGGUGGUAUUCAACUCCGAACUCACAAGGCUCGGGUCGAUGGCCUGAAAGAAAGAAUCGACAUGUUGAAUGAUGACAUCUCGAAUGCUGAAGUAGCAAAGACGAAGAACGAAAAACUCAAGGCCAAGAACGAAAAGACGAGAUCGGAUGCAGAGAAGGAACUUGAAUUGUUGUCAAAAGACCUUGAGAAACUGGAACAGGAUAUCGAGAGGCACAAGUCUGCUACCUCGGAGCUGCGAGCUCAGGUGGAUCAAGCUGAAGAACAACAGACCACAAUGAAAUUCGAACUUGGAGGCUUGAAGAAGGAUCUCGACGCGAAAACAGCCGAGUUGAACUCGACCAGAGCCGUUGAAAUCGAAAUGAAAAACAAGCUCGAGGAGAACCAAAAGGUUCUGGCAGACAACCAGAAAAAGAGUCGUUAUUGGACAGAGAAGUUGUCCAAACUUACAUUACAUGACAUUGUGGACCUGGAAGUAAUAUCCCAAGAUCAAGGCGAGAAACAGCCUCAGCGACCGGCGAAUGAAGAAGAAAUGCCUGACGCACCUCCUGAAGCAGAUCCUGACGCCAUGGACAUCGAUGAAGGACAGCAUGAAGAACAGGAAAAGGUCCCUCCCACGCCGGCACGAAGGCAGCUACAAACAUUUACCCGCGAUGAGCUUCUUGAUAAAAACAAGGAUCAUCUUGUUGCCUCAAUUGCGGCACUCGAAGAAAAGGUUUCCAAUGCCUCGAGCAUUGAUUUGAGCGUCAUAGCCGAAUAUCGCCGUCGGUGUGAAGAGGUGGCAUCCCGGAUGAGCGACCUCAAGAAUGCUGUGAAGACAAGAGAUGCCGCGAAAACUCGCCUGACUGAUUUACGCAACCUUCGCCUCACGCAGUUCAUGACAGGCUUUACAACCAUCUCCUCGCAUCUGAAGUCUAUGUACCAGCUCAUCACGCUAGGAGGCAAUGCUGAACUCGAGCUUGUGGACAGUCUCGAUCCGUUUUCCGAGGGCAUUCUAUUUUCCGUCAUGCCUCCGAAGAAGAGCUGGAAGAAUAUUGGCAAUUUGUCCGGUGGGGAGAAGACACUGAGUUCGCUUGCUCUAGUGUUUGCGCUCCAUGUUUAUCGGCCCACGCCCUUGUACGUGAUGGACGAGAUUGAUGCGGCUUUGGAUUUCAGAAACGUAUCAAUUGUUGCCGGUUACAUCAAAGAGCGUACCAAGAACGCACAGUUCAUUGUCAUUUCCUUGCGAAACAACAUGUUCGAACUCGCGGAGCGCCUGGUAGGUAUCUACAAGGUCAAUCACAUGACAAAGAGUGUCACAGUGGAAAACAGAGACUACUUGGCUAUGGGAGGACGGAGGCAGGAGCAGACUCCGGAAGGGGGUAGAAUUACCAGUGGACAACCAGGACAAAUUCCAUGA